GCUUCCUGGCACAGAGGCAGCUUUUCCAAGACUAUUCCAAACACAGGAGAUGGUAACUGCUACUGAUAAAGAUCACCUUUAAAAAAGAACAUGGAUUUAAUAAACUCAACUGAACAAAACGGUACAUCAGAAGAACUAUUUAAAUGGGCGACAUCCAAGAUUCUCAUUUCCAUUACCCUAUCUGUGCUUGCACUAAUGACAACGGCCAUCAAUUCUCUUGUGAUGACUGCAAUAAUUGUAACAAGAAAGCUCCACCACCCUGCCAACUAUCUAAUCUGCUCACUUGCAGUGACUGAUUUCCUUGUGGCAGUCCUAGUAAUGCCCUUCAGUAUUGUCUACAUUGUAAAGGAGACCUGGAUCAUGGGGCAAGUGGUGUGUGACAUCUGGCUGAGUGUGGACAUUACGUGCUGCACAUGUUCCAUCUUGCAUCUCUCUGCCAUUGCUUUGGACCGGUACAGAGCAAUCACAGAUGCUGUGGAAUAUGCACGGAAAAGGACACCUAAGCACGCUGGCAUCAUGAUCGCAGUGGUAUGGAUCAUAUCCAUUUUUAUCUCCAUGCCACCUUUGUUUUGGCGGCACCAGACUACCAGCAGGGAUGACGAAUGCAUCAUCAAACACGACCACAUUGUUUCCACCAUUUACUCUACAUUUGGCGCCUUCUAUAUCCCACUGGCCUUGAUUCUGAUCCUUUAUUACAAGAUAUACAAGGCAGCAAAGACAUUUCACAGAAGAAGCAUCAGCCGGAUCGUAAGGGAGGAGGUAAAUGGACAGGUGCUCUUGGACGCAGGUGAAAGAAGCACCAAAUCAGUUUCAAUGCCCAGCACAGCAGAGAAGACAUCAGAUCCCGCGGUGAACUGUGAUAAAGUCAAUAUCACCAUACGAAGCCCCAGGUCUGAAUCUAGGCAUGAGAAGCCCUGGAAAAAACAGAGAAUCUCUAGCACAAGAGAGAGAAAGGCAGCAACUACGCUGGGUCUGAUCUUGGGGGCAUUUGUGAUCUGCUGGCUCCCUUUCUUUGUAAAAGAAGUAAUUGUUAAUACCUGUGAAAGAUGUCACAUCUCAGAAGACAUGUCUAAUUUCCUAGCAUGGCUGGGAUACAUAAAUUCCCUUAUUAACCCUCUAAUAUACACAAUCUUUAAUGAAGAUUUCAAGAAAGCCUUCCAGAAGCUUGUGCGGUGUAGGCAAUAUCUUUAA